UUGUCCAAAUCUUGAUAACAAAAAGUUCGUCUGCUGACCUUGACCAAAUAUUCCGUUAUUUAUUUUUAACAAAAUUCGCUGUGAUCUUUGGCAUCAUGAACUCAAGAAAUGUUUUUCGAGCGUUGACUGUUGCCUUUCGUUUCAGUGGAACCAAACUAAAUAGGCCACAGUGGAAUUCAAGCCGAAAUUGCCAUUCAAUCGGCAAAAAUCCAUCUGGCCAGACCAGUGGGCAGCAGCUGUCCUAUGUCCAACGAAUGAAAAUGUUGCAAAACUUGCGUGAGAAAACAGGGAUGACGGAGGAAGUAAUAAAAAAUGGGAAAUGCUUGGUAUAUUAUAAAGGGGACCCAUUAUUGACAGAAGAUUUCAACAUCGCUUGGAUGGAUUUCACUGAUUUGGGUGUGGAUCCAAAAUUGUUUUUGGAGCAUGCCCUUUUGCUUGGAAUGACAGAUGCAGGACAGUUCCAGUUUGCCGUUCAGAUUGUUGGCUUUGGCAAAGAAUUGAAACAUGCAGUCCUCAAGAAAUCUCAGGGAAAUUUCACUGAUUUCCGCCUUGGCCUUAUGAUGAUGCCUACCCCUGAAAGUGCCCUAGCUUCAAAAGCCAAAGCAAUCUUCAACUGGCACAGAAGAAAUACUCACUGUGCAAAAUGUGGCGGCCCUUCAGCAAGAAAUUCAACUGCAUCCUGUCGAACCUGCAGCAAAUGUGAGGAAGUUUGGUAUCCAUCUCUUUCACCUGUCGGUAUUGUCCUGGUAGCUGACAGUUUGAAGACCAAGCUUCUGCUUGUCAGACAAGGACGCCAUCCUAAAGGAAUGUACUCUUGUAUCGCCGGAUAUGUCGACUCAGGAGAAACAUUGGAGGAAGGUAUUCGUAGAGAAGUAGCCGAAGAAGUCGGCCUCACUGUCCUCAGUGUCGAUUACAAAGCGUCUCAGCAUUGGUCCUUCCCGACUAGCAAUUUAAUGAUCGGAUGCCACGCGAUAGUCAGCGGAAAUGAACCCCUCGAUGUGGACACUUCGGAGCUGGAGGACGCGCGUUGGUUUUCCGUCGACGAAGUGAGACGUUCUCUCAUCUCCAUCAAGGCCAAUCCGCUGGAAACGAUGACGUCCGCCCAGGAAGGAACAAAUAAUUUUUUCGUUCCACCCCGUGGCACCCUGGCCCAUUCGUUGAUUGACUCGUGGCUAAGCAGCUAAAAAAAACAUCUUCCCAUUGACAGGAUGAAAUGGUGCCGGUGCUGGAAUAGCGCGAUUCCUACGUAGACAGGAUCGCAAACCACAAAAGUAGAGGAUCUCCAUCAAGCUAAGGAGGCUGAAACCCACUCCAAGUCCCAGUAAACCUCCAACGGCGGCUGAUACAAAAAAGAAAAGAAAAUUUUUAUUUUUAAAAACACACAGAUUAAUUAUUAACGCGUUUGAAAUAGCGCUUAUUAUCCUUGUAAAUACAGAUUUGAGUUUAUGAAAUUA